AUGGGUGACGUUCUCAAUCGCGAUAUGUACACAUUCGUGCCGCAAGCUCGGCCGUAUCGUCCUCCACCAUACACGGCCGAGGUGCCAGGCCUGAAGAAGCGAGAAGGCGAGACCAUCCCUCGGCGCAACGUCCGCACUCUCGACAAGCUUGCCAUAUACCCCGAGGAGGGUGUCGAGACCGUCUACGAUAUCCUUCGCCGCUCGGCCAGGAAAUAUGGCAACGCCAACGCUGUCGGCUCAAGAAAGCUCAUCAACCUCCACGAGGAGACGAAAAAGAUCAAAAAGAUGGUGGACGGGAAAGAGCAGGAGGUCGACAAGAAGUGGACUUACUACGAACUUUCGCCGUACGAAUAUCUCUCCUUCAUCGAGUUCGAGCAGCUGGCUCUGAACGCUGGCGCGGGCCUGCGCGCACUCGGCCUGAAAGCGGCUGAUCGGGUUCACCUCUUCGCCGCCACACAUGCCUACUGGUUCGGUUUCGCGCACGGCGCGGGUAGUCAAAGCAUGCCCAUCGUGACCGCCUACGACACCCUCGGCGAGGAAGGUCUGAAGCACUCGCUGCUGCAGACGCAUUCCAAGGUCAUCUUCUUGGAUCCUCACCUCCUCACUAAAUUGAUCGGACCGCUCAAGGAAGCCAAAGAGAUCCAGGCGGUGAUCUACAACGAUGACGAUGCGCCCACCACCAAGCCCAACCCCGCCAAACUCGCAGCCGACAUCCAGAAAUUGAAGGAUGCACACCCGGAAUUGACUGUCAUUGGCUUCAAAGAGUUGAUCGAGCGAGGCAAGCAGAACCCUGUGGAGCCCGUGCCGCCGAAGCGCGACGACCUCUGCUGUAUCAUGUACACUUCCGGUUCCACCGGCGCUCCUAAGGGUGUCCUGAUCAAACACAAGAACAUCGUCGCCGCUGUCGCAGGGUUGGACGUCGUUGUUGGGGCUUUCGUGGGUCCCUACGACGGUAUGCUUUCCUACCUUCCUCUGGCUCACAUUCUCGAAUUCAUGUUCGAGAACGCCUGUCUCUUCUGGGGAGGUAACAUGGGCUACGGCAACCCUAAGACUAUCUCCGACAACUCCAUGCGCAACUGCCGCGGCGAUAUCGCCGAAUUCAAGCCCACCAUCCUGGUCGGUGUCCCCGCUGUCUGGGAGACGGUGAAGAAGGGAGUCCAAGCCAAGGUUGCGAAAUUGAACCCCGUCGCAAAGAACCUCUUCUGGGGCGCCCUCAAUGCGAAGAACUUCUUGUUGGACCACGCCGGCUCCGUACCGCUUUCCAACAAAGGUGCCAGCGUCAUCGACUCCAUUGUGUUCAAGAAGGUCGCCGAGGCGACAGGCGGCAAAUUGCGCGUUUGCAUGAACGGCGGCGGCCCCAUCGCCAAGGCUACUCAGCGUUUCAUCUCCGUCGUCAUCGCACCUAUGAUUUCUGGCUAUGGCCUCACAGAGACGUGUGCCAUGGGCGCGCUCAUGGAUCCGCUUUCGUGGACUGACUCCGCCCUGGGAGAGGUCCCAGGUUGCGCCGAGGUCAAGCUCGUGGACUUCCCCGAUGCCGGCUACUAUUCCACCAACUCACCUCCACAGGGCGAAAUCUGGAUCCGAAGUGAAGCCGUAUCAGCCGGGUAUCUCGAUCUGGAGAAGGAGACGAAAGAGGCCUUCACCGAUGACGGUUGGUUCAAGACCGGCGACAUCGGCGAGUGGAACGAGCGGGGAGAGCUGCGUAUCAUUGACCGGAAGAAGAACCUCGUCAAGACGCUCAACGGCGAGUACAUCGCACUGGAGAAGCUCGAAUCCAUUUACCGCUCAUGCCCUGUGGUGGGCAACAUCUGCGCCUACGCAAGCCCCGACCACAGCAAACCCAUCGCCAUUGUCGUGCCGGUCGAAGCAGCGCUCAAGGAGAUUGCAACCGCGAACGGCGUCGAGGGCAACGGUUUGGAAGACCUGGUCCACAACUCGAAGAUCAACAGCGCCGUCCUCCAGGCGAUGCAGAGCGCCGGCAAGAAGGGCGGUCUCUCGGGAAUCGAGAUCAUCGAUGGAGUCGUCCUCGCCGACGAGGAGUGGACCCCACAGAACGGUCUGACCACCUCGGCGCAGAAACUCAACCGAAAGGCCAUCUUGGAGCAGUACAAGGACUCGGUCAAGAAGGCCUAUGGCAACUAG